UCAUGAAGAACUAUUUUAAUCGACAAGAGGAACAAGGAGUCCUGCAACAGAUGGUAUGGCACCCUACAGAGUCCUGAUCUUUACAUCGUCGAGUCAGUCUGGGAUUACAUGAAAAGACGGAAGCAACUGAGACAGGCUAAAUCCACAGAACUGUGGCAAGUUCUCCAAUUAUGUCACACUGAACCAGAUCUGAGAAGAAGCGGCCCGCACCAAGCCAAGUCACAAAGAAAGUGUUAUGGAGACCACAUGACGCACAAACAAGUGAUUGAUGAUCACCUUGUUUUCACUAUAACCAAACACUCCUGGGACUCUAUGUGAUUAGGCCUCAUUUAUCCUUUCCAUAUGUCUGGCACGCGUCACUCCUACAUGAAAACUUGUUUAUGCUAAAGCUUCUGCCCUCUAGAGAUUAAGAGGUUUGCUUAAAUUCUGCCAACUAGCCCUCAUUCCUCUAUAAAUACAAUAAACGCUCGUCUUAUCCGGCGGAGCGUCAGGAUGCUCCUCAACGCCACCGUCCCUCUGUCGGUGGAUUUCAGCACUCCGGGGGACUUUCUCAUCUUCAUCUUCCAUAUUCUGUUCGCCACAAGCGCCGUGCUCGUCGCCGGCUCGGUGAUCAUCGGGAUAUCCUUCACCCGGUCUCUGCGAGUCCAGAACCGUUUCAUAUUCAUGCUGAACACGAGCAUCAGUGACACUCUGACCGGCUUUUCGGUCUAUUACCUCGGCCUCUUUGACGUCCAAGAGGGCUAUCCCUCAAGGAACGGGACAUACUACAUUUUACCCUCAUUUCUAGGUGUCAAUGUGUUAACCUUUCUCUUCGCUCAGUUUGAUCGCUACUUCGCCGUGUGCCAUCCAUUCUUUUAUAACCGUUACAUCACAAGGUCUUUUGUCAUUGGGAUUUGCGCGUUUUGCUGGAUUUACACAUAUUCUAUCCUCACCGUGCAAAAUAUGGUGCCUAUUUCAAAGGCGGCUCAAAUAAACGCUUUUGGUGUAAUGACUCUGCAGAUUAUAGUUCUCGUUAAAGUGUUGAUGACGAUUAAACUUUACAUCAUAGCCAAGAGCCACCUGGUGAGAGAGGCGCCCAGUGCAGAGAGAGACAACAAAAAGGAGUCGCUGCGCAUUAUUGUGUUUGUGGUUAUAUGCUUCUUGGCUCUGUGGUGUCCAUCCUUUGUCAACAUUAUUGUCAGACAGUUGACUAGAAAGGGUCUGAGGUUUAGAAAUGAAGCCACUAACCUGUUCGCCAUCAUGGCACGCCUGAACGCACUGGUCACCCCGGCUCUGUACAUCUGGGGCAGCCCGGCGCUGCGCCAGGCCGUGUGGAGAACAGUGUGGCGGUGGGUCUGUCCCAGACGGACGGUGAGAAUUGGUUUUAACUUCGAUGGAGUGACAAGCAAAUUAUAGUGAAGCAGCCAGCAUCAACAAGGACUGAUAAAGUUGGUGGGAUGAUUUGGAAGAUUUCAGAGUGAUAAAGAAGUCGUCUCUCUGUCUCCUUGAAUGUUCAGUUGAGAUUGUAGGUUUGUAUGUGUUUUGAGAAUUUUAAAAUACAUUUUUCAUGUCAAUCUGUCACUAUUGUAUGUUUAUUAAGUCCCAAUCUAACUGUAGGCCUACCUACAGUAUUAUUUUAGGGCAUGAAGCUCUUCAAAGUAUUAGAAUUAUUUUAAAAAUCCAUAUACCUGGCAGCCAGUGUAUUUAGACUGUCAGAGAGUAAUGUUAGACUGUACA